UGAACAUGAAAGUGAAGAGGUUCCACAACUCAUCAGGUGUGUUAGUUUUAUGUGGAAAGAUUUCUUCAUUGUCAUAAUGAAAAGUUUAUUGAAACGUGUGUAUCGUAUAAUUAAAGCGGUCCUCGCAGUAAUAAGCGCUACUUAUGUAGCAGUGGAAAUAGGCAACCUCCGUGAUACCGGUGCAGUGCUUUACCAACUGAGCUAACAAGCCGACUGGGAGCUGGUUAUUAUGUUGGUUCGUCUUAAACUCGUCGAAGUGAUAAAUCAAUGAAUUUGAAUAUACGAAAAUCCCAUACGCACACUGUGUAAGUGUAUAUUCUUAUUUGUUGUCUACGACGGUUGCGAUAUUGUCGUUUCCAGUACUUCUCGUGGUAUGCAAACUAAGUUGUCACGUGUCUUGGCGGUUGAUUCAAAGAAUAGUAUCUAAUUUUCUUGCAUUUUCACGUCUGCCCGAGAUUCCUUUUGAGGGUUUGAAAUUCCACAGGCAUUAUGAAUGAAAACAAACCCGCGAACUACCGUGGCAAUGGAGAUGUCGUUGAGCACGAACCAUUCAAGGCAACCAAAAUUUGGAAAGAUCUUAUCGCUCAUCUUCAAACCCAAGUAGAGCAACGUCGAAGGCGAUGGAAGUUUCAGUAUUAUGAGAACUGUUUUCGUGGUGGAGAUGUUGUUGAAGUACUUCAGUCUUACAUUCAUAGCAAUCCACUAUUAUCUAAAGAAGCCACUCGCUCUCAGGUCAAAUCUUUAUGUCAAAUUUUGUUGGAGAAAAAAGUCAUCGAGUGUGUUUGUGUGGACAACAGUAAAAGAGACACCUUCGAGGAAAAUAACAAAUUGUACAGAUUUUCGUCUGGAGAUGGCCUUCUGGAACCCAUCUUUUCUUCACCCCUUCAACACCAACGGAAAGUUAAUAGAAGGAAAAGUCUUCUUGGUCAAAAGGAGAAAAAGCCGGCGGGCAGGAGAAAGUCAGUGAGUUUUACACCAAAGGCUCAAAAACGGUUCGCUGAUCUUCUCAUGUCCACAGAAUCUCCUGAAAUUUUUAACACAAGGACACAUGAAGCACCAAAGAAACGAAGAAGGCUUAGUCUUGACCCUGGUCUUAUUUUAAGAAAGAGCAAGUCAACUGUGUUAGCAGAUUCUUCUGAUCAAGAAGAUUUGACAACAAAGGUGUGGUUUGAAGUGGCCCUCACACAACUCCUUAGACUUACAGAUAUUCCUUUCCUAGAGGACAUAUUGACCUCGCCAUUGCCAGAUGAGACAACCGGAUUUCCAGCAAUCCACAAUGGUGUCAAGGAACCGUGUAUUCUUAAUGAUAUCCAGAACAAGGAAAACAUCAGCAACUCAAAGUCAGGCAAUGUUUGGGUUUCAGCUGGCAUGGAGUGCAUUGAGUUGCAGAAAGAAUGUCCUUUAGCUCAGCAUGGUGAGGUGACCUACUCAAAUGUGAUGAACAUUGAUGAAGCACAAAUUCAUCAGCUUUUAUCAGAAUAUUAUGGAUCACUUCAGGACUCAUUGAUUCCUUCUAACCUAACAGACUUGGUGGAUGGUAUUCUCUCAGUCGGUGUCAAAGAUUGGACAAAAAAUGCAAAUUUUCUGCCACUGUUGGUAAUGAUGCUAGGAGCAAGUCAAAGGAAACAUCUGAGACACUUGUUGACUUUUAUUGGAACAUGUAAAGGAACAAGCAAUGGAAGGUUUAUGGUGAAGAAGUUUAUGAGUGCUAUCUUACCAAAAGAUGUCAAAGAUAAAGAGUCUGCUCAUAAAUUGGUUUCACUAAUGGUGAGGAAUCAGUGCCAGAUGUUCAAAAUACCAUCUGAACUCAAGAAGGAAAUCAACAGAAAUAUCUCGUUUGCUCAGAAGAACAUAUGCCCAUCCUUGCCAACCACUGUUUGUCAACGAAUGUCUAUUGAAGAUUACAGAAUACAAGCAAAGCAAACAACAGAGGAAGCCUUGAUUGAGCUCAUGCUCUUUAUCAUUGAAAACCUACAGAUGACUCUAAAAGAAAAGGAAGAGCGGCUUAAACUUUUUCGGAAACACCACAAUGACUUGUUUUUAAAGCAGUUUCCAAAUGGACAGUUGUGAAAAGAAGUAGCUAUUCUCAAUUGUUUCCAAUGAAAGUGUCAAAGUAACAGGUGGAAGGUUUACCAGUAAUGCUUGGAUAAGAAAGACCAAAACCCUGAUGUUAAUUUGUUUGUAGUGCCUUUUAAUUUCUGUUACAUGCAGUUGACCUUGGCUAAUUCCACUGCAUCAGAAUAUUUUCACUCCCACCAGGUCCUACUUGCCAAAGUUUAGGUUGAAUGUGUCACAACUCUUAAAAUAAGGUAAAUUGAACAGCUGUACAAUACAGCUUAGCAUGGAAAUUGUUCAGAAGGUAACUUUUAAUUUAUUAGAUUCGCUGACAGGCAGUGACACUGCAACAGCUUGUGCCAAUUACUGCGGGCCCA